CCUGCCCACGCGGCAAGCAGCAGAAGCCUUGGCUCCUGCCCAUCAUCUUGCAGACUCGCUGGUGACUCGACUAGAGCGGCGUGGUCUUGUUGGUCUCAUUCCUAGAUUUUCCUAGGCACUAGGCAGGCUUUCUCCUUCCCCAAGCCAAAACCCCAGAGGCGAGAGAGAGAGAGAGAGAGAGAGAGAGAGGGGCGAGGAGAAGCGCGGCGGAGAACAGCACCGGAUGGAGCCCUCGCCAGCGGCGGGAGAGCUGGGCGCGAUGCUUCGGGCGGCCGCUGACUUCGCGUCCUACCCAGGGUUGCAUAGUGAUGAUACUGUGAGGCAGUUCCUGGAACGAUGUCCUCUGCCUAAGCUCUUAGGUGCAUUGCAGAGUGAAGCAGAUGUACCUGGGAUGGUUGAAACUGUCACAGAGUGUUUAGACAAAAUAUUUUCCUCAAGAUAUGGAGCGUCACUUCUGCCAAGCUACGGUGCAUUUAUUCAAGCUGGAUUGCUCACAGACUCGAAGCAAAUCAGAAAAUUAGCCUGCAAAGCUGUACUCCAUCUUCUUGACAAGGCUGAAGAUGGUGCUGCUGUGGAGACAGUUGUGCAGCACAAUCUGUUUCCUCUUAUGAUCAAUUGCUUGAUUGAGGGAGAUGAAGAGAUUUCAGCAAUCAUUUUGGACACUGUAAAGCGUUUAGCACAAAUUCCUAAAGGAGCCGAAGUCAUAUUCCCACCAGAUGGUCAAGGAUCUGUCCAACUUGGUAAAGUGGCGGCUCAGUCAUCCUCAUUGCCACGGAUUCGUAUUCUAUCUUUAAUAGCCAAGCUCUUCACUGUUUCAAGUUAUACUGCUUCUGCCAUUCGUGAUACAAACCUUCUGAGCAUAUUUGAAGAGGAAAUAAAAGAUACAAGAGAUAUGCUUAAAACCCUCAGUGCGCUGGAGGUCUUAUAUGAGCUUGUUGAACACCCUCACAGCAACAUUUUCUUGCUGAAGACCAACUUGCUUCAACUCAUAGUUGAUAUCAUCAAUGAUUCAUCAGCUGAUUCUGUUAUACGGUCAAGGGCAGCAUUAAUUAGUGGGAGGCUUCUUUCUUCAGCUGAUGCUUUCACAGCAAUUGAUAAAUCCUUUUUCUUACAUGUGAAACUAGACAGACAUGUUAAUCAAGAUUUCCCCAUGUUAGGCGUUACCAAUCUGCUUGUAGCCAUAGACAAAAUUUUGAAGAUGGAAGAAAGCCAGAAUACUGAUGAAAUUGAGAGUGCAUUGGAGACCUUGGGUCUAAUUGGUACAACAAGUCAAGGAGCACAUUUCUUGCUGACAUCAUCAAAUGUUGCCAGACAUGUUGUCAAGUCAUCCUUUGACCGACAAGGCAGAGGUAGACAGCUGGCUGCUUUACAUGCCUUUGGGAGCAUAUGUGGUAUGGAUAGACAAGAAGACCAGAUGAAACUUGAUGACGAAGCCGAAGGAAACUUGAAGCGCUUGGUCUAUACAACUGCAGCAAACAGUCCAAAAUUAACCCCUUCAGCUGCUCUUCUGUCAAUUCUGCAACAAGACCCGGACAUUAGGAUAGCUGGUUACAGAGUAAUAUCAGGACUGGUCAUCCGGGAAUGGUGCUUAAGGGAGGUUUGCUUAAAUUCAGAGAUAAUCAGAUUUGUUACAGACCCAACAAUGGAGACAACAAAACUUGGCAUGGAAGCCCGGUAUAACUGCUGUGUGGCAAUUAACAAGGCCCUAUCAUCAUCCCAUCUUCUGCAUGAAGCAAGUCUUUCUGGACUCAUUGGGAAGUUGAAUGAUGCCGUGAAACGGGGCCCUUACCUUUCUGAAAGGAAGCGUGUGGAGGCACGGCCGGUUGUUGAUACUGCAGAGAGGUUUUAAGCUAGCCAGAGGUUUUAAGCUAGCCUUGAGCCUUCACCCAAAGUAAACGAUGACUCUCACAGCGUAGUUAGGAGGUAACUGGGCGUGCCCUGCGUCUCAUGCUGUUGGCUUAUGAAUAUCAGACAUACAUAUGGUGUACUUGGAUGAUGGGGAGGACAAUGUGUACUUGAGCUCAUACCGUUUCUUCUGGUUUGCUUUGUGGAUGUCUGAUGCAGCCCAUACCUGCAAAACAAACUCAUCGGUUGCAGGACCAUGCCAAAUUUUGGGGGAAAUAACAGAUGCAACCAGAACUAUUUUCUCUCA